UUAUUUACUUUUAUUUUUACUUUUAUUUCAGAGUUGAUCGAAAAACAUGAGGAGAAUGAAGAAUCAAAUAAAGUUGAGGAGGAAAAUCAUGUCAAACCUCGAGAAAAACCUUUGAGUUGCUCUCAAAUAAAACAGAAAGAUACAAAGAAAAGAAGAGCCAAUACAUCUUUCACCUGCAGUCAGUGUGGAAAGAGUUUCACACGCAAAUAUGGUCUUCAUGUUCACAUGAGAGUUCAUACUGGAGAGAAACCGUUCACUUGUGAUCAGUGCGGGAAGAGGUUCUCACGAUCAGCAAAUCUUAAGGAGCACAUGAACAUCCACACUGGAGAAAAACUGUACUCAUGUGAUCAUUGCGAUAAAAUGUUUUUAUGGGCUUCAGUCCUGAAGCAGCACAUGAAAGUUCAUGCAAAAAAGAAACCACAUUUGUGUCAUUUGUGUGGAAAGGGUUUUGCAUGUCCGCAAAAAUUGCAAGUACAUCUGAAAAUACAUACUGUUGAGAAAGGGUACAUGUGCUGUGAGUGUGAAAAGACUUUUACCACAGCGACCUGUUUAAGACAGCACCAGAGGAUUCACACUGGAGAAAAACCUUUUAAGUGUUCACACUGUGACAAGAGAUUCAAUCAUUCAACACAUCUGAAAACACAUGAGAGGAUCCACACUGGAGAGAAACCUUACAAGUGUUCACACUGCAACAAGAGAUUCAGUGAUUCAGGAGACCUAAAAAGACAUGAAAGGAUCCACACUGGAGUGAAACCUUAUAAGUGUGAACACUGCGAAAAGAGAUUCUGUCAGUCAAUACAUCUGAAAACACACAAUAGGAUCCACACUGGAGAGAAACCUUUUAAGUGUUCACACUGUAACAAGAGAUUCAGUAAUUCAUCACAUCUGAAAAGACACGAGAGGAUCCACACUGGAGAGAAACCAUAUCACAUUGCAGAUGAGAAGCAUUUCAGUCAAUCAUCUGCUCUACACAGGCAUACGAAAAAUAAGUACAGUAAGAGCGAGGAUUCUGAUGAGUAAGUUGACAAUAGUGGGCAAGCCUGAGGCAUGUACUAGAAAUAACUAGAAUUACUGCUAUAAAUAAACAUUUUAUUAAACCUCCAAAAACCUUUAUAUUGAGAGAUGUAAAUAAAUUUCACUACAGUUUUGUGCUUGCAGAUUAUUUUUUUCAGUUGUUUAAGCAAAGUCAAUGAGUUUAAAUGACUGCUUUAUUCCUUCUUUAUACUUUAGACAUGUAGGACAUAUCCAUGUUUGUGCAUCAAUGUCUAUAAAGUGUGCUGUAGGUGUGAACGUUUAGGAAUGUUAUCCAAAUUGUAAUAAAAAGUUAUUCAA